AUUACAUGGAUUAAGCAUUCUCCUGGUGAAGAAAGUCUAAGAGGAAUCAUGAGGAGCACAUGUGUUGUCACUGUGCUCCUACUGAAAAUGCUACAGUGCCUGGCAUUAGAUGAUUCACCAUUUCAACUUACCAACGCAGCUGGGUUUUGCUUGGUUAAAACGGACUCCAUUUGCCAAGAACUACGCUGGACAACUGCUGACCGAUUGCUGGUGCCUGGCAAAAAUAAAUGUCUGGGAGCCCAGGGAAUAACUGUGAUGAGUGAAGUAAGCCUCUACGAUUGUGAUGAAACCAGUGAGCUCCAAAAAUGGAACUGUACGAAUGGAACCAUGCUCACCCUCCAAGCAAACACCGAAUACAAGCUAUUUAUUGAGCUCCAAGCAGAUAACAAAGCUGUACUGGUGACAACAGCAGGACCCAACAGCAAACUCACGAUAUCAGGGACAUCCAGUGGAGCUUGCACAAGAACUUACAGAGAACUUUACACGAUAGGAGGCAAUGCAGCAGGAAGGCCCUGCAUGUUCCCUUUCUUUUACGAAAACCAGUGGUACUCAAGUUGCACUUCGACUGAAGCCCAAAAUAACUGGUGCUCUGUUGAAACCAAGUACGAUCGUCAGAUAUGGGGCUUUUGCCCAUCAAGCGAUAAGGACAGCUGGAUCAAACAUCCAGUAAGUGGAGCAUUUUAUCAACUGAACACCAAUUCUGCUUUGACAUGGGCAGAGGCUGAAGCAAGCUGCAAGCAGCAGAGCGCCUCCUUGCUCACCAUCAAUGACCCCCAUGAGCAGGCUUACAUAACAGUGUUGCUUGAGCCAGAAGGAACCCGCCAAGGAUAUAAACUUUGGACCGGGCUGACUCUGGAUUCAGAACAUGGCUGGAAGUGGUCUAAUGGGGACCCUUUUCGUUACCUUAAUUGGGAUUCAGGACAACCAAUCACCCAUCCAGCAUAUACCUGUGGAAUGAUGGAUGGAACCGUAGGGUACGCAUGGCAAAAUUCAAUAUGCAGCAAGGAAUUUGGCUACAUCUGCUACAGUAAAGGAGUUCUGGCUUCUCCAACGGCAGUUCUUAACAUGGGAUAUUGUUCAGCACCAUGGGUUCCAUACAAUGGUCACUGCUUCCAACUUUAUCGAAAUGCCCAAAGCUGGUCUGGUGCUCAGCAGGCUUGUCGUAAAGACGGAGGCGAUCUUGCAAGCAUUCGCAAUAUGGAGGACCAUAGUUUUAUCACGUCAGAGCUUGGAUAUGCCUCCACUGAUGAGCUUUGGAUUGGACUCAAUGACAUUAAAACAGAAGGCCUGUUUGACUGGUCUGACCACACCACAGUUACCUUCACUAGCUGGGAGGUUGGAAAACCACAAACUGCAACAAACCAAAACGAUUGUGUUCUUGUCAGAGGAGAGAACGGAAACUGGGCGGAUCGUGACUGUAAGGAGACCCAUGGCUUCAUUUGUAUGAAAACCAGUGCUUCUGAACCCAGUGGGGAUGAAAUACAACAGGAUACAGGUUGCAAAGUUGGUUGGAAAAGAUACGGAUCCUACUGUUACUUCAUCGGAACAGAAAGAAAGACAUUUGGAGACGCGAAAGAGGAAUGCAAGAGAUCAAAUUCUUACUUGGCAGAUGUUUCAAACAGGGUGGAUAAUGCCUUCCUAGUCAGCUUGGUGGGCCUCAGAUCCGAGAAACAUUUCUGGUUAGGGCUUUCAAACCAGAAGAACCAAGAUGUUUUUGAGUGGACCAGCACUGUGCCUGUGAGAUAUACUCACUGGAACAGGGAAAUGCCAGGGCGCAACCAGGGUUGUGUCGCAAUGACCACUGGUAGCACUGCGGGCCUCUGGGACGUUUUGCCGUGUACAAACAGAGAAAAGUACAUCUGCAAAUAUCAAGCAGAAGGGACAGCUUUGACACCUGCACCAACGACUGCUCCCUCUGACCUUUGUGCAGAUGGAUGGACCAAAAUCUCAUCAAGAUAUUUCUGCUUCAAGGUAUUUCCAGGGAGUUUAGAGACUAAGUCAUGGUUUGAGGCCAGGGACUACUGCAGAGCAAUCGGAGGAGACCUACUAAGCUUCCACAGCGCUGCUGAGUUGAAUUUGAAUAAGCAAUCAUCUAGCAAAUAUUCAAUACUCUGGAUUGGACUUAGUGCCAGUGACCAGGGCACUGGUUUUGAGUGGAGUGACGGAUCCCCAGUAAACUUUCAACACUGGAAAGAUGGAGAACCAAACAACAAAAACAAUGUUGAAUCUUGCAUUGAAUUCUUUUCAAGCGAUUGGGGUCUAUCAGGGUCUUGGAAUGAUAAACAGUGUGAAGCGCCUAAUGGCUGGGUUUGUCAGAUUCGUACAGGGUUGACUCCGAAGUCACCCCCACCUCCUCCAACUCCAGAUUACAACCGUACCGCUGAUGGGUGGCUGGAAUGGGGGGGAAAUCAAUACUUCAUUGAAACCCGGAAAAGGGCCAAUGACGAUGCUCGAAAAUCCUGCAGAGAGAAACAUGCUGACCUUGUGACCAUCAACAGCGAAGCAGAGCGUACUUUCCUGUGGAAACAGAUAUCCAAUCAUUCUGAUUCUUUCUGGAUUGGACUAACUGUGGAUCUUGACAAGUCAUUCCAAUGGAUGGAUGGUUCUCCAGUGAUUUAUCAAAUGUGGGAUGAAGGACAACCUAAUUUUAUUAAUUUUGAUGAAAACUGUGUUGUCAUGAAAACGUUCAAUGGGUUCUGGCAUGAUUACAACUGUGGAUUUGAAUUCGGCUCUAUUUGUAAGCGCAGUAGCUCACCUCCUGUCAAUGCCACGGUGGCUCCUACAGUCCCACCUCAAGGUAACUGCAAAGAAGGCUGGAAGAGGAUCAACUCCAAGUGUUACAAGAUCAUAUAUAGUAAAAAAGUAACAUGGUUCAAUGCAAGGCAACAAUGUCAAGAGAUGGGAGGAAACUUGGCCUCUAUUCCCUCAAGACAUGAGCAAGUGUUUUUAGUGUCUGAAAUGGCGAACACACCAAAUAGAAACCUGUGGAUUGGUAUUCAUAGCUCGUAUGGCAAUGGGUUUUACUGGACCGAUGGACGGCCAAAGUCUUAUGUCAAUUUUGAUAUUUCUUUGUAUAUUGCAUUUCGAAACGAGAAAAAAUGUGCUGUGAUCAACGGUAAUCCUUCAUAUGGACUUGGAAAAUGGAUACCUAAAUCCUGCAAUGACACCAAUGGAUUUAUUUGUUUAAGUGGCUUACAAUCAGAUAUAUCUGAAACAACUAAACCACCAAAUCCAGAGAAUUACUUCAAAAUCCUAAAUGAUUCUAUCAAGCUUGUCACCCAGCAAAAGAGUUGGUCUGAUGCUCAGAAGACCUGUGAAGCUGACGGUGCCAAGCUGGUCAGUGUACGGAGUGAGUGGACACAGGCUUACAUUGAGCUGCUGGCUUUGAAUCUUAAACGUCCUCUGUGGAUUGGACUCAAUAAAAACCAGACUAAUAACUACUUCCAAUACAUAGAAGGCUGGCCAUUACUUUUCACCCGCUGGGAUUGGAAUGAACCACGUAUAGGGGGAAUUUGUGUUUAUGUGGAUGUUAAUGGAAAAUGGAAAACCAGUGAUUGCAAUCACAACUUCGGCAGUGUUUGCAUGAAGUCCACAGACACACCGCCAGAAGUUAAAUCAGACGAUUAUCCUGGAAUUUGUCCAGAAGACCCAUAUCCAGGUAGGACUGGAUACGGGGCUUCUCUGCUUUCAUAUGGCCGAAGUCGGUUGCAGACCUGGAAACCUUUCAGAAAUUUUUGCUACCUAUUUUUCUCUGAAGAGAAAGAGUGGCAAGAUGCAACUACUAGCUGUCUGUCACAUGGUGGAACCCUUGCCAGCAUUGGAGAUCCCUGGGAACAGGAUUUCAUACUUAAUAACAUUAAAACAUUUCAAAACUCAUAUACAUCUUAUUGGCUGGGCCUGUUCAAAACUACUAAAGGAGAAUGGAUGUGGUUGGAUAAGACGGUCAUGGAUUUUGAAAACUGGCAAGAGUAUCCGAUUUACUACUUCGGCAUGAUUAGUGUAUCAGACGGGAAAUGGCAUACAGGGUAUCGAUGGCAAAACAGACCAUACAUCUGUAAAGCAGCCAAAGUGUUACCUCCAAAGCCAUCACCCAAACCAAAUGUUGCCAUUGAUCCUCAAGGUCGGGGUCACACAGCUUUAGUAGCUGUGUUUGUCAUUGCUGGGAUUGCAAUGGGAGCAGGUAUUGCUUUCUUCCUGUUCAAGAAGUCUGGUCGUCAGAUGACUCUCAUACCAAUCCCUGGAGGGUUAACGGCCUUUGACAACCCGCUUUUCAGCAGCAACCAGUCACAGAAAAAUUUGGUGGACACUAAAAAACUGCUGGGGAACGCAGAUGAAGAUAACAGUCAACCUGUAAUAACUAUAUAAUUGUAAAAGACAGCAGAUGGUGCAUGGACGUAUUCUCUGUUAUGGCUGCUUAGGAUCAAUGUAAAUGCAAAGAAUGAUUUAUACAAGAAGAUGGUGUAACAAUUAAUUAACUGGAAUGUUGAUUCAAGUAGCUUGGAUGUAUAUUGUAUUCUAACUACUGCAAAAGUUUAAUUGCCUACUGAGAAAGAAGACAUGAACACUCUUUGACUCAAAGUAGUCAUUCAUUUAGAAAUGAUGCAACACCUCUCCAAAUAUUAUUGUUAGAAAAAUGUGUUUGCAAAAAGGAUCAAACAAGACAGAAUUCACAAAAGGUAGAAAGUCUCUAUAGAUGUUUGCUUGUAAUUCAAUUCCCAGCAUGGAGAAAAUGCAAAGUUAUACAGUUGGUAGGUCAGAGCAUUCUCUGACUAACAAAGGAAGUUAUCUUGCUACACUUCCUAUGUGAUUUGUGCAGAUGUAAGGUGUUUUUUUGCAGUCCUGCAAAAGCACUUAAGACCAUUGGUUUCUUAUCUUUGCUGACAGUCCUCCAGUAGGAAAUGAACUUAUGAACUUAGCUUCCUUGCAUCUUUAAUGUUGCAAUGUGUAAGUUUCACUUCAGCAGUCAAUAUGUAAUGUUAUUCUGAAACCAGGAUAUGUCUAGAAGCAUAAGGUCAAAAGGCACCAAAUGAGUAAAUGAUGAAUCAAGUGAAUGUGAUCAAUAAAUGACAAUUAACAAGUAUUUUUUCCAACAGUUACAAAAACAAUCAUUGCAAGAGAUUAUACAUUUUGAAAUACUGAUGUUAUAUGUUGUAAUAUUUACAAUUGAUUGAAAAAUGACUUAUGGGAAAGUAUACACUUAGCAAUAAUUAUUGUGAAAGCCUUGUCCUGCCUUUGCGGCCAGUAUGUUCCUACUAGUAUUGGUAAAGAGGAAUAAUCUUUGGAGAGGUUUUAAGUGUUUGGAGCUCAGAAGGACUUCCUGCCAUCACCCUAAUCUUUAGCUUCCUCCACAAAUUCUUUGUUAGUUUUAUGCAACAAAUCUUAUUCCACUUUGAAACAUUAAUAUGUAGAGAAAAAUAAAAACAUUGCUUUAGAUCUAUAUUUGACAUGGUAAUCAGUUAUAUUAUGCUUAACAAGAGAAAUCCAUCAAUAUUUUUGAUGGAUUGAAGCUCAGGAUGAUUUAGGAUGAUUAUCUUAGCAAAUAAAUAUGUUGUAAAAAAAAAUCUAAUUAACAAAACUUCCUGUCAACUUGUUGCUUUGGUAAAAAAAAAAAAAAAGUAAAUAAAUAAAAUGGAAUUUGCUAGUAAAGCUAUUCAUUUUUUUUGUUUUAUUUUCAUUUUUACAAAGUUGGCCAUUUUGUAUAAUAAGUGGGAUUUAUAUAGAAGGAAUUUCCCUGAUUUUAAAUGUGUCCGAAUGAUAACUUUGAUUAUUUUCUUGACUGUAUAACUUUGAUUAUUUUCUUGACUGUAUAAUUUUAUUGAUAAAUUAGAUCUGUUUUGUAAAGUGCCUUAAAAUGACCUUUGUUUGAAAUAGGCCUUAUAUGAAUAAAAUAAAAAUGAAUGAAAGUGAAUUGAUGUAAUUUGUGAAUUCAAAUUAAAUUGGAAGUAAAAUGC